AUGGAUGGUGACAUUACAGAAGAGGUUGACAAGUUAAUGAACCUGCAGCAGCAAAAAUCUGCUGCACUUUCGGUUCAAGGCAUUUCUUUGUGGGAGGUUGAAGUGAGUUCUGAGUUCGGUGUACGGAGGCUUGUUGAUCUCCUAAACAAAACAUGCUCAUGUCUAGAGUUUCAGACAUUGAAAUAUCCUUGCCGACAUGCAAUGGUCGCGGCUAAGCUUCGCCAAGUGGAGAACAGCAGUUUGUGGCAAAAUCCUACCAGUGCCCGACCUGACGACAUUCGUAUCCCAGCAGAGGUGCGUGACCUUAAUAUUAUGCCACCUAAGGCAAAACGUCCAUCAGGAAGGCCUACGACGAAGAGAAAACUUUCAGCAGGAGAGUAUCCUCAGGUUGCGAAAAAAAAGAAGCCAAACAAAUGCUCUAGAUGUGGAAAUGCCGGCCAUAACCGGGCAAAAUGCAAGGAAACAUUGGGUUGA